CAAAGGCGCGCGGGGCCGGCGCGCCGAACAAUCCGGCGGCGGGCGCAGCGGAGCCGGAGCCGGAGCUGGAGCGCAGCGGCCCCGCGCCCGCCAUGGGCCGCGCCCCUGUCCGCGCCCUGCCCGCUCCGCCGCCCGCCGCACCGGCGGCACCGGCUACCAUGUGAGCCAUGGCGGCGGCGGGCGGUGCGGCGGGGCUGGCGGCGCUGCUGGGCAGCGCCUCCCCGCACCUCCUGAUCGUCUCCGCCGCCGCCGAGGAGCCUGCGGGCGGCGGCCACCCCGAUACCGACCUCCUGCUCUUCGCCACGCCGCAGCCCGCCCGCCCCGGCGCCGCGCCCAGACGGCCCGCGCUGGGCCGCCCGCCGGUGAAGAGGAAGCUGAACUUGGAGACGGAUCACCAGUACAUAGCGGAGAGUUUGCCAGUGAGCCGGGGCAAGGCCAGGAACCCUGCUAAAGGGGCAAAGUCUCCUGGAGAGAAGUCCCGGUAUGAAACCUCCCUGAACCUCACCACCAAGCGCUUCCUGGAGCUGCUGAGCCAGUCCCCAGAUGGCGUGGUGGACCUCAACUGGGCGGCCGAGGUGCUGAAGGUGCAGAAGAGGCGCAUCUACGACAUCACCAACGUCCUGGAGGGCAUACAGCUCAUCACCAAGAAAUCCAAGAACCACAUCCAGUGGCUGGGCAGCCAGGCCACCGUGGGAGCGCCAGGCCGGCACCGGCUGCUGCAGAAGGAGCUGCGGGAGCUGCAGGCGGCCGAGCGGCAGCUGGAUGACCUCAUCCAGAUGUGCACGGUGCAGCUGCGCCUGCUCACCGAGGACCCCGCCAACCAGCACGCAGCCUAUGUCACCUGCCAGGACCUCCGCAGCAUCGUGGACCCCGCGGAGCAAAUGGUGAUGGUGAUCAAAGCCCCCCCAGAGACCCAGCUGCAGGUGUCAGACCCUGCAGAGGCGUUCCAGGUCUCCGUGAGAAGCACUCAGGGCCCCAUUGAUGUGUUCCUGUGCCCCGAGGACAGCUCAGGGGUCUGCAGCCCUGUCAAGAGCCCCUUCAAAGGCCCUGCUGAGGACUCUCCUCCCAGCCAUUCACAGCCCAGAGCCCCCCUGCUCCUGCAUCCUGCCCAGGAUGUCAACAUGCCUCUGCUGCCCGGAGAGCAAGAAGCGCUGCUGCCAGGGCCGAGCGUGCUGCCCAGCAAGGGCCCGGAGGAGGAGGAGGAGGUGAGCCUGUCUCCCCUGGCCUCCAUGGACAUGCUGCUGGAGCAGAGCAGGGAGGAGCUGGCAGGUUUCCUGCCCGAUGAGUUCAUCAACCUGUCGCCGCCGCAGGCACAGGACUAUCACUUUGGGCUGGAGGAGGGCGAGGGCAUCAGCGAGCUCUUCGACUGCAACUUUGGGGACCUCCCCUCCUUGGACUUCUGAGGCUGAGCCCCCCUGGGUGCUCAGGGGAGUGCCAGGGGAGGGGCAGCCCCUCUGGCUCCAGUGCUCCCUGUUCCUCCCCAGCCCUUUUUGCAAUAUUUUCUCGUUAUCCCUCCAGCCCGGUGGCAUCCCCAGCUCCAGCCCCACGAGGAGGAUGCCAGGGUGGGGUUCCCAUCUUGGGGGACCCCCCCCAUAGGGCCCUGAUCAGGGGCACUGCCCAGGGCAGAGCCACUGCCCCCCAGGAGCCCGUUCCAGAGCUUUAAGCUGUCCUGUGUAUAGAUUAAUGAUUUGAUUAAUUUAUUAUUGUCCCCUGGGGACAGCGUUUCAUUUCCGUGGGGGUUU